AUGAAUUACUUGUAUGCCCAAAAAAUUGCAAAUUAUGUAUCAAAGGAUGUAGCACGUCUACGUCUGGAUGACGAUUUAUGGUUUGCUAGGUGCGAAGCACGCUGUUACGACCGUCAAAAUCAUUAUGACAAUUGUGUGAAAUUAUGCUUAAACUUGGAUUUGCCCAAAUUUGGAACAUGCCCUGCGAGCAGGGAAUCACUCCUGGAUACACCAUGUGUGAAAUCUUGCACAUUGGAUUCUCAGUGUUUUGGAAUUAGCAUGUGCUGCACCCAUCACUGUGGAAGUAUUUGUAGACAACCAAUUGGAUUGUCACAAAUUCAAUUCCUGCCGAAUAUUCCAACCAAUAUCACAGUACACAAAAAAGGAAGCAAAAAUAUCACUAUAUGGUGGAACACAGAUGCAACACAUCAAAAAAUAAUUUAUGUACUGCAGGAAAGGCAUCAUAUCGGCUCCAAAUUCAUUAAAAACAGAUUGGGAGAAUGGCAAACACGAAAGAGGACCAAACGCACUCUACUUACAUUUACAAGAGAUUCGAUUAUGAAACCUGGUCGCUGGUAUCAAUUUCGUGUAGCCGCUUUUAACGAGAAUGGAACUAAAGGUUUUUCGAGUCCAACAAGUCCUUUUAAAACCAGAUUGCCUAGACCUCCUCGAGCCCCGCAAGAUCUGCGAACUGGUCCAUUGAGGUUGCAAAACACGGCGGGUGGCAUGCUAGAAUUGACCUUCUCGUGGCGCCCGCCGCGUGUUGCGGACCUGCCGAUAGACAAAUACAAAGUUUACUGGAGUCGGCGACUGCCUGGUGUGCAGGCGCACCUCGACUCCGUGCUCGUAUCUUCGCUAAUCGUCCCACAGGAUCAAACAAGCGUCCAAUUAAUAAAUUUACAUCCUGAUUCACAAUACUUUCUGCAAGUCCAAGCUAUGUCUCAAUUUGACAAAUUAAAAAUUAAAGGUGAAAAAGCUUCAAAAACGCUAAACACUACAUUCGAUUCAACCAUCAAAAUUAUACCUGAAGGAAAAAAGCGUUUAAUUUUAAAAACAAAAUAUUAUCACAAAAAUGGAAAAGUAUAUGCGACUAUAAACUGGAACAAAAGAAAUGAUGACCAACAAACCAAAUACUUUGUGAAAGUAUACAAACAGAAGUGUAGCAGAAAAUCGGAGACACACUUUGUUUUACAUAGUACUGCGAGAACAAGUAUUGAACUUUUUGGACUUAAUAGUAAUUGUCAAUACUUAGCCCAAGUUAUCGAUAGCCUUGAUAAUAGCACUGGUAAAGUUAUACUAGAACCACAAGCAGGACGAAAACGAAGAAGAUUUAAGUGGAAAUAA